UGUUCCCGCUUAUCAAGUGUACAAAUGAUAGAAGUGUUUAUUGUAAAACCAUGCUGCCAGCCCUGUUUAUUUUUUUGACACAAGGUAUCUAUUGCCUCUUGUUUUGAAACAUUUUGUGUGAAGUAAAGCCAAUUGAAUCAUUAUGGAUUAUUUCUAGACGUUGAUUUAGCUAAGUUUAACACUGAAAAGGUCAUAGUUGGUUUCGGAAUACGACGAGUAGGAUCGAGAUUGUAUUGUUCAUGAAAGAUCUAAAACUUGCGGAGAAACAAGGUAUGUACAUGGACCUGGGCUAACCAGGACCCUUUUUCGGUUGCUUCAGUGUCCAAGCCAAUCCUUCUGAAAUCUUUGUUAUGGAAGAUAUUAACUAAUAUGGGCAGUUGGUUGUGUGAAACGUUAUUGACUAUUGUAUUCCACGAUCCAAGAUGGUGGUCGAAUGAAUACAGAGCAAGCUAGCUAACCAUUCACUAUGGAGGGUUCAUACAUGAGCCCAGAAAUGAGCAGCUAUGGGCCCGGUCCAGGAGAACCGGGCCACGAUGGGUAUGGGCGCAUGUCCGACAACAUGCAGAUGUCACAGUAUAGUUCUCAUAAUCGUCCGGGUUAUGUGGAAAACAUGAGCAAUGAGUAUGGCAGUCAAGGAUAUGGGCAGUAUUCACCGUCUGGCAACAGGGGAGGUUAUACGGGUCAGCAGCGCCCAGGCAUGCGACCAGGGUCUCAAAAUAUAGGCUUGAUGCCUGGGCAGCAAGGGUACAACCCUGGGCAACAAAGAAUGAUGUCCGGUCAGAGCAUAUCGCAACAAUCCGGACCUACUCCUACUUUAAAUCAGCUCUUACAAAAUCCCAAUUCCCAACAGCGAUUUUCUAAUACUUAUGAAGGCUAUAGUGGACCCCAGAAAGGGCCAGAUAUGGGGCCAUCUAAUGGACCUUAUAGUAUGCCUCCAGCAGGCUGGAUUCAACAAAACCAAAGAGGGAUGGGCAAUUACCCUCAGAUGUCUAUGCCAGGUUCCUCUUCAUACAGAGGCCAGAACCAUCCUUUUAACCAAGGAUACGUACAACAGACAUCUGGUGCCCAGUUCAGUAACCAGGGAACAUAUCAACAACAGCAACUACCAACAAAUCCAGCCCCUGGGUCAUUGCCUCAGCAACAGCGCCCCACCCCGCAACCAUCCCCGCAUCUUCCGGUCAGCCCUGUUCCAUCUCCCUCCCCCGCCAGUAGAGUGACACCAAACCACUCUCCGGGGCCAAACAGACCCCCACCCCAGCCAUCGCCAGGGCAACAGAGGCUGGCACAACAUUCCCCAGCCCCCUCUCAGAGAUCAGCCCCCUCACAACUGUCACCACCAGGAACAUCAGCUGGCCACCACAACACACAGCUGAAUCACUUGUCUAGUCCAAAGGAGUCCUCGAGUUUUGAAGAUGUAAGAGGGGAGGCAACUUCGAUGCGCGACUCUUCACGACCCGAGACCUCACCGGGAUCUGUAGGGUCAAGGUCAAACACUCCAGCCUCAUUGUCAGGUGCUAGUCCUAUGCCCCCUCGCCCUCCCUCACAGCAAGAUGGCAACCAGCGUAUGAGUCAUUCACCAAUGUCAGCGUCAGGUUACAAUCAGCAAAUGAUGCCGCCCCCAAUGGGCCCUGGUCAGAUGGGGGCAGGCUACAACCCAGGCAACUACCCAAUGCGCCAACCGGGACCUGGGAUGGGAAACUAUCCCACAGGAAAUAUGUACAAUGGCCCCAGCAUGGCGGGCCAGAUGGGCCCUGGGGGUCAGCCAAUGUAUAACAACAUGCCGGGAGGUCCUGCUGGCAUGAGUAGGGGCAACUACAGCAACAUGUACCAAGGGAAUAUGAUGGGCAUGAAUAAUCAGUACGGCAGUUAUGGUGGCCCAGGACAAAAUGCUCAAGGUGGGCCUCCUCAAGGGCCAAAUGGAAUGCCCAAUUCUGGGCCUAGUGCUAACGGACCACAGGGAAAUAUGAAUUCUCAGAGUGGUUCAAAUGGACCUAUGCCUGGACCUCAAACUCCAGGUGCCACUCCGAUCAAAGGUGCUCAGGCUGCUGCCCAGGCGGCAAUGGCCGCUGCUAAUGCAGCUGCGAGAUCACAGCAACCCCCCACCCCAGUCACGCCGACCAGACAGAUGAACCCCAGCCAGCCCCCCUCUCGGAUGGGCUACAACGCUGCCCCUGGCAUGCCAAUGCCCGGCCAGCCUCCACAUAACAUGCCACCUCAGUCCAUGAGCCCUCUCAGUCAUAUGAACCAAAUGAAUCCCAUGGGGUAUAACCCCAGUGGAAUGAACAUGCCUCCGCAUCCACAGAACUCUGUGUCUCCAGUGCCUCCUAGUAUGCCUGUCGGGAAAAUGCAUAAUAAUUCUAACAGUGUCAGUAACUAUAGUGCAGAACAGCCUUUACCUAAGUCAAAAUCCACCAAGUCGAAAUCUUCAAAUGCAAACUCAAAUAGCAGUGGACCUCCAUCAGUUCCAAACAAUUUACAACACAAUUCAAUAGCUUCUCCGAACAUGCCGAUGCCAAGCCCUGGCAUGAGUGACGGGAAUUCCCAGGGUGCUCGUCCCUCGUCCACUCCGGCUUCUACGCUCUCGGAUACAGGAUCUCACUCGAAUGACUCAUCCAGCAUGGGACCACUGAUGACCGAGGGUCAGCAACCAGCCCAGGGAUCCCAAAACAGCAGCCCUGCCCACGGUCCUACCUCACACAACACAGACAAUGGUACCUCCUCCACUGUAGGGGCACCCAGUGACGCAAAUCAGCUACCAAUGAGAACUACAGCGAAUGCUGUGGAGACUUCCACGACAGUCACACAGAGCAUCACAAGCCCAGUAACAAGUCUGUCGAUAGAGGGGGGGAACAGUAACGAUAGCCACUCUCUUCCCCCAAUGGAGCCCAUUCCAGCCAUGCAGAACUGUAUCCCUACACCAUCACAAGAUGACCCUGGGGAACCACCAGAGAAAAAGAAGAAAACGGAGGUUACUGGUAUAAGUCAGUUGGCCUUCACCAGGGUAGCCCCCUCCCCUGGUGGGGCAAGCAUAGCGUCGUCAGGCACACAUGAGGAUAUUGAUAAUAUAGGAAGCCCAAGCGGCUGGGGAUCCGGAAAAUCUGGUGGUGGCGGCGGAGGAGACUAUAUGAAACUGUACGAAAUGGGAAUGGAGGGUGAACGGAAGCCCUUCCUGGACCGUCUGUUUGCCUUUCUCGACGAGAAGGGCUCUCCGAUCUCAAACAUGCCCGUCAUCAGCAAGCAGCCCAUAGAUCUCUACCGGCUCUAUGUUAUUGUGCAGGAGAAGGGAGGAAUGGUUGAGGUGACCAAGGCAAAAAAGUGGAAGGAGAUCUGUGGUCUGAUCAAUGUGAGUGGCUCAGCGAGUGCCGCAUUCACCCUGAAGAAGAAUUACAUAAAGUUCCUGUUUGCGCAUGAGUGUCGGUAUGACAGGGGUAACAUGGACCCUGCACCUGUACUGGCUCAAAUGGAUCAGGAUCUUGAGAAGAAACGGGCUGCCAAGAAUAAACACCGAGCACCUUCACCAGCCUCCCAGAGCUCCCAGGAUGGAAUGCCAAGCCAGUACAUGGGCAACGACCAGCACAUGGGUCACAUGGGACAGGGUAUGAUUGGAAACCACAUGAUGAACAACAUGGCUCCGCACGCUGGACCACCGCACGCUGGACCAAUGAUGGGACCCAACAGCAUGGGUGGACCUCACCAUAUGGGACCUGGGAUGCAAGCGCCUGGACACAUGAUGGGGGGCUCCAUGGGGCACCAGAAUUACGGGGGUAACUACGGCAACAUGAUGCAGCCAGGGCCAAACAUGAUGGGGAACAGCAUGUCCCAGGGUCCGCAGGGCAGUAUGAUUGGCCCAGGUGGAAUGCAGGGCCCCAACGGCAUGAUGGGAGGAAUGGGACCAGGUGGCCCACAGCAGGGCAACAUGAUGCCACACAACAAUAUGGGUCAGCAUGGCAUGAUGGGUAAUAUGAACAACAUGAACAUGCCAGCCAACAGCAUGAUGCCCCACAACAUGAUGCAGGGGGGUAACAUGGGCCAUCAAUCGGGCAUGAUGCCACCAAGUAGUCAGAUGAAUCAAAUGAACAACCCAAUGAUGCGAAACAACAGUGGCCAAGGCCCAAACGGAAUGCCUAUGAUGCCUCCUAAUUCAAUGGGCAAUACCAGCAUGCCAAACAGCAUGCCCGUGAGAAUAAACAAUGACAGUGUAAGUUGCCAAGAUCCAUUUGCUGAUGAACCAUAUCAAAAAUCAAACUCUCAGCCGAUGCCUUACCCCAGCAUGCAACAGCAACCAAACUCUGGCUCCAACUCUCCAAUGCCUCCAAGUUCAAUGCCCAUUAGCAGCGUUGGUGGCAUGAUGUCCUCCAGUGGGCCAAUGCAGGGUGGUGGAGGUCCUCCUCACAUGACCAUGUCAUCCAGCGGUGGCCCAGUGAUGUCCAGUGGCCAGCCAAACUCCUCACAAUCCUCCUUCACUCCCCCCAGCUCUGGUGCAAUGUCCAUGACCCCAGGCGGACCCAACCAGAUGCCACUCCAUCAGUCUCCCAUUCACAACUUAAAUGACUACCAACAAGGCUCACAACAUCAACAAAUGCAGCAGCAGCCUCAUUCACAACAACAGCAGCAGCAGCAGCAUCAACAACAACAGAAUGAGCCAAUGAAGUCUGAGCCUUACCAGAACAACACAGACAUGCCACCCUCGAGUGUGAUGUCAAGAAACGCAAGCUUGCCACCCCAUCAAAAUCAGUCCAUGGGAAGCCCGGCUCCUCCUUCCAACGCAAGCACACCAACUCCAUCAUUAAAAUCUGAAUAUCCAGCUAAGAAUGAGUCCCAUAUGUUCAGUCAAGACAGCAACAGCAAUAGCAGUAUGCCUGAGUACACAGUGAGGCACAGUGAGCCUACUAGCACUACAUAUUCAGCCACCCAGCAAUCAAUGGGCCACCCUGGGACAGACAGCUCUUCUAGUCAGUUCUCCAACACUACCAACACCGUCUCUUCCUCUGGCAGGCAAUUCCCAUUCGGUGAUAACAAGUUCAACAAACCAGACAGGUUUGACCAGGGUUCCCCAAGCCUAACACAGUCUGGCCCAGCUUCAAUGUCUCAAACUCAGAUGGUGAACCAGCCACCCAUCUCUAUGCCACAAGGUCCUGUAGGGCCUGUCACUUCAAUGGGGCACAGCCAAGCCACACCAAUGGGACAUGGCCAGGCCACACCAAUUGGGACAGGUCAGGCCACACCAAUUGGCCCAGGUCAGACACCAGGUGGACAUCCAGUUCACAUGGGCCAUAUGGGCCAACAGGGACCUAUGACCCAGUCAGGACACAUGCCGCAGGGACCUAUUCCACAGCAGUCACCCAUGGGACCAGUUCCUAUGAGUCAGCAUGGACCUAUGAAUCAACCGGGCCACAUGCCCUCCCAGGCUGGGAACCAACAGGGGCCUAUGGGGCAGGGACCAAUGCAGGGCCCAAUGAACUACCAGCAGCCAGGUGGUCCAGGGGGGGUCCCCCAUCCGCCAUACAUGAACCAGCAACCAGGCAUGGAACCAGUUCGAUAUGGCCACCAGGGACCUGAACAGUACAGCCAACAACAGAGUUACCAUGGUGGCAACACCUCUCAUGGUAACUUUCCUCCUCGGCCUCCAAUAGUUAAAAAUGAUCAGGGUUACCCUGGCAGCCAGGGCGGUCAAUACGGUAACCAACCAAUGCAGGGAGGCAUGUAUGGCACACCAAACAAGCGUUAUCCGGACAACAGGAAUGAUUAUAUGUCACCUGCUUAUAACAACCGAGGGUUUGAUCAGGGCCAGUAUACACCCACCCGUCCCCAUUAUCCCGAACCUUACGGGCCGGACAGUAAUCUAGCAUAUGGUUCACAACCCUAUAAUGGUUCAAACUCGAUGGGGAAUUAUAUCGAGCCUCAAUAUCAGGGGCCACAGCCAUAUAAUGAAUAUAGCGAUACAUCGUCAGCAUCAUACGCUGAUCGAAGCCAGGGUGGGUGGCCACCCAUGAUGCAGCGGCCGUACAACCAAAACAUGCCCCCAUAUGGGCCUCCGAGUAGCAUGGGACCUCAUGCAGGGCCUCCAAACCUGAGUCGACGUAUGUCACCAACCCCUCGAUAUCGAGACCAUGCUGUGUCCCCAGGCAAGCAGAAAAUGCCCCAAGGAGCUCCAAUGGGCGGCUCUUUUAAAAAAGACAGCUUCUUUCCAUUUGACUCUAUAGAAUCUACGCAACCUUUGUUGAACAAACGUCGCAAACUGAACAGACAUGAUGUUGGCCCGAAUGGCUACCGGCCUGUGUUUGCAGGAGGUCGGAGGAGUCGAUUGACAGACACAGGUCAGAUAGAAGCAUGGAGGAUAAUGAUGUCGUUGAAGUCGGGCUUGCUGGCAGAGAGCACCUGGGCCUUGGACACGCUUAAUAUCCUGCUGUACGACGAUGCCACUGUUGCAUACUUCGGUCUUGGCCACCUGCCAGGGCUUCUUGAGGUCCUCCUGGAUCAUCUGCGCAGAUGCCUGCUCGAGAUCUUUGACAUAUUCGAGGAGUCCCAGAUUGAGUCCGGUCACGAGGAGUUUAAGGAAAACCUCGUACGAAUGGCAAUACUGGAGAGUGUGAGAAAAGACAAUGAUGAAAGUGCUGAAGAGGUUAAAGAGAUUAACAGAGUGAAUAAGAGUCUAGCUUGUAUUGAGAAUGGGGAGGAGAAUGGAGUGGAGGAGGCAGGAGAGGAGGAGGAGAAGUCAGAAAUUGGGGAAGAUUCUCUCAACAAGAGUGAUGACAGUGUAAAGGAGGAGGAAGAAAAAGAAACUGAGACUGCUGUAAAGGAAGAGCCAGCUCGGCCUCCAAAACCUCGCAGGAAUUACACACACAUUACUAGGCAGGGAAGGGAGGUGAAGCUGGAAGAAGGGUCUGACCCAGAUGGCCUGUGUGACAGCAAGAUCUGGGACGUAUACGGGGAGUCAGGGGACCAGUCUGAGAGCUGGGUUACGGGCAAAGGCCCUCUUACUGAACAUGUUGUUACCCACCUUGAGGACUUGAAUGAACAUAAGAACAGUAGCAGGAGGUUUUUCAGAAGACCAAUGAAAAGAAAGGCUGAUUCAUGUAUGGAUGUUAAGAUUGAAAAGUCUGAAGACAUUAAAGAUGAACAUGUAAUAAAAGAUGAAAAAAUAGACAUGGAUGUGUAUCAUUCAAACAAAGACUGUGAAUCAGAAGUACAUUCUAACAAUGAUAACUUGGAUAACGAGAAAUGUGAAACAAGUUCGAAUAACACUGACUGUAGCUGCGAAAAAGACCACACAUGUAACGCAUUUAUUAAAAGUGUUACUUUAAAAUCUGAGCCAAGAGACCUUCUUCCAGAGAAAAAUGACUCAGAUGACAGCAAUUGUGAUGAUAAACUAGGUGUCAAGUCUUUCUUCAGAGAUGAACCAAGGAUGAAACUAGCUGUUAAAUAUGAACUGCUGGACAGUGAUGAACUUGAACAGACGUGUAAGACUCAGUUUGGUCUGAACACGGAAGGUGAGAGGAACAGUGUUGAAGAUGAGUCUUAUCAACGAAAUGAGCCACCUCUGUGCCUUACGUCAGAGGCACAGCAUGAGUUGGGGAGAAGAUGCAUAUGUGUGUCUAACAUUUUCCGCAACCUGUCAUUUAUUCCAGGCAAUGAUGUGGAGAUGUCGAGACAUUCUGGACUGAUCUAUAUUCUUGGCAAGCUGCUGCUGCUUCAUCACAAACAUCUACCUCGUUCACGAGUCAGGCGCAGAUUUGACCGCGAUGACAUUGAAGAAGACAUGGUGGACACGUCUCAGGGCAUUGAUGAAUGGUGGUGGGACUGUCUCAACGUCCUGCGUGAAAACACUCUUGUGACCUUUGCUAACAUAUGUGCUCAGUUAAAACUCGAUAUAUUCCCAGAUGAGAUUUGCUUGCCGAUCAUAGACGGCCUGUUACACUGGGUUGUGUGCCCAUCGUCAUGCGCGUCUGACCCUCUCCCCACCGUAGGUCCUGCCUCCGUCCUUUCUCCCCAGCGGCUUGUUCUUGAGGCCCUCUGCAAACUGUGUAUACAUGAUAAGAAUGUUGACAUGCUGCUUGCGAGCCCUCCGUAUGAGCGUAUUGUGCAAUUGUUUAGUGUAUUGACAAAACUGUUGGCCAACAAAGGUGAACAAGUGACUAUGGAAUUUUCAGUGGUGCUGCUAUCGGAGCUGGUGCGUGGGGGCAGCAGCGCGGCGCGUGGUAUUGCUCUGCAGCACCCCAGCAUAUCACUGUUGAUAGACUUUAUAGAGACGGCGGAGCAGAAGGCCAUGCAGGUGGCCAACAUGCACACUGUACAGAUGCUGCGGGACAACCCAGAGAUGAUGGGCACAAGCCUUGACAUGAUCCGGCGGGCAGCCUCUGUCCUCACCCAUCUUGCUAGGGUGCCCGACAACAGGAAGAUGUUCGUGCACCAUCAGAACCGCCUCUUGGCGCUGGUCAUGUCACAGAUUCUUGAUCACAAUGUUGCUUCACAGCUCUCCGAUGUUCUGUUCCAGUGUUCACAAUUGUCAUAACCUUGAUACUGUGCACUUGACUUAACGUGCAAUUUCUUUCACUUCUGCAUUGAAUAUGUUUUUGUAUUUCUUUCAUAUUAUGUGAUUUAACAUUUGUAGUUAAACUAAGCUCAAGAUACAAUUCUUAGGAAUGACUGUAUGUAGAAAGAGAAAGGUGGCCGAUGCUUCAUUUGUGUGCAUCUAGAUAGAUUCAUGUUAAACAUGAGCUUUCAACUUGUUUAUCAUCUCUAAACAUUCACUGUAAAUAAGCUUGUAAAUAUCAUCUUGUUAUAUAUAGGCGAUUGAAGUAUAUGGUGUUAUAAAAAGAAUGAUCUAAUUUUUCUCUGUUUUUGCCAUUUGCAAACAUUAUCUUUUCAGUAAAGAUUUCACAUUUUUGUAUUCACUUUAAUUUUAACAUUGCGAUGUUUUCAUACAUCUCGAGAGUACAUUGAGAAAUAUAUUGUCAUCAAAGGAGUUUGGCUGAGCUCUAUCUACUGCCUGUAUUGCGAAUAUGUUAUUCAUUGCCCUUGUUAUGAUAUGUUGUGAUUGUGACCUUUCAUUAUGAUAUUGUUUAUUUUUGUACACAUAACAAUAGCAGUCUGACAUGGGAGGUAACUACACAUGCUUUUUGCUUACCUUUGUUUCUGUGAAUGAUUGUAAACCUAGUCGGAUAACUGUUGAAUAUCCUUGUAGAUGUUGUUAUAAAGUUAAUCAAAACACUGCUAUUGUUUUUUACGCUUUGAACAAAAUGAAUCUUGUAAGUGUAACAUACACUCGCACAAUGUGACAUGGGGUAAAGCAUUUAAAUAAGCCAUUGUUUUCAAUGAAAGCUGCAGUAAGUUUGGUAAAAGAAACUGCAAGGAAUUUAACAACAAUUUGAAUUUUGUAUGGAUAUUUAUAUAAGGGUGUUGACAUUGCCACAUUCCAGAAAGUAUGCUUUGCGUGUAAGCUGGUUUAUGAAAACCCUUGACUUACCAGUAUCAAGUGCUGUAUCCGAUACGCAUUCAUCAAUAAUUCUCUCAUUUGUGUUUAUAGUGUUCUCAAAUUUUGAGAAAAAAAUGCAUUUCUAAUCUAUAUUAUUUGUCAACUGCUUGUGAUUCCUAUCCCCUUUUUUGACCAGUGAAAAUAGACAAGUAUUGAUAUCAUCUCAUUUCUCUGUGUUAAACUAGUGUCCAGAUUUCCCAUGAAAUAGUUACAACAAUGAGUGCAAUCGAUUCACUGUAUAUUUGUCAUAUUUAUGUGUGUGUUUAUGUCACUGGUCAUCUGAAAGGUUUAACAUUAUAUUGUAACACUGUUUUCUCAUGUGCAGAUAGCUUUAUAUUAUGUCAGACAUUGAAAAAUGUGUAAAUAAAUUAUGAACAACUA